AUAAUAGUGGUUUUAUAAUUUCAUUUGGAAAUCAGUAAAUGUAUUAGUUUGUCUAAAAAAGGUCUGCUUCGUGAAAAUUCAAAGCGAGAGAGAUCUGAAUCGAAAGAAAUUGGGUUACAUCUCCGGUCUGAUCGCUCGUGAAAUCUCCAGAGAAUAUGAUCCGAUUCAUAUUAUUGCAGAACAGACAAGGGAAGACUCGUCUUGCCAAGUACUAUGUCCCUCUCGAAGAAUCCGAGAAACACAAAGUCGAAUACGAGGUUCAUAGGUUAGUGGUGAACCGCGACGCAAAAUUCACCAAUUUCGUUGAGUUUAGAACACACAAGGUGAUAUACAGGCGUUACGCUGGACUGUUCUUCUCCGUGUGCGUGGAUAUAACGGACAAUGAGUUGGCUUACCUUGAGUGCAUCCAUUUGUUUGUGGAGAUUUUGGAUCAUUUCUUCAGCAAUGUCUGUGAGCUUGAUCUGGUCUUCAACUUCCACAAGGUGUACUUGAUACUUGAUGAAUUCAUUCUUGCUGGAGAGCUCCAAGAAACCAGUAAAAGGGCGAUCAUCGAGAGGAUGUCAGAGCUCGAGAAGCUAGAGUGAUAUGAUUGUUUCUCAAAGAGCUGGGGUUAUUGUUUAAUAGAUGUCUUGGUCACUCUUUUCCUUGGCGUGUCCAGAGAUUUGAUAUUCUUUGUUGAGUUGAAGACGACAAUGGUGAUGUUAAGAUUAUUUGUAAAAGGAUAUAAAACGAUUCUGUUGAGAUCACUAUCCAAAAUUUGCUUUAUGUGAGAUUUUCUUUCAACUA